GGAGCCUUCACCCAAUCUGUCCCAUGGUCCCCCUCCCAGAUGCCUUCCACUCUCCUGCCAAAAGGCUGCUCUCUUAGGCAACGCUGGGCUGUCUUCACCUAAGCCGAGUUUCCCCGGAAUUGUCUCAGGUCCCAGGAACUUGGAGCAGGACGGAGUUGGAGUGAAACCUCAAAAAUGCGAGGCGUCGGCCCGAGGGAGGGCAGAGAACGCAGAGGGUGCCUUCCUCCAGGAGAGCGGCAGGUACGCGCGGCGCCCGGCCCCCGCUGAGCCCCCGACUCGGCACCUGGCUCCACGAGGGGGAGGGGCGGGGGGAACGGGCUUCCGCACUGGGACCUUGACCUCACCCGGGACCCGCCGCUGUCAGACGGACCGCGCGCGCGGGAGACCCCUGAGCCACCGCGCCUGCAGGAAGCCCUCCGGUGGACUGAAAGCUGCUAACAUUGGCAUGCCCAAACCCAAAGCUGGAAGAGGAAUAAGUUACAAGUGGACAAGACUGCAUCCUCUUGAGCCCAGGACUUGCUAGUGAGCUGAGAGUUUCCCUUGGCCCCAGUCUAGCAAAGCACCAUGGAGAAAAUCAGCUCCUUCUUCAGCCUCAUUUGGGACACCAUCUUGACCAAACACCAAGAGGGCCUCUUCAACACCAUCUGCCUGGGCGUCCUCCUGGGGCUGCCCCUGCUGGUGGUCAUCACCUUCCUCUUCAUCUGUUGUCAUUGCUGCUGGAGCCGGCCAGGCAAGAAUGGCCAACAGCCAGAGCGAAACAAGGGGAAGAAGAGGAAGAAGAAGAAGAAGGCUGAAGAAGACCUCUGGAUCUCUGCUCAACCCAAGCUUCUCCAGAUGGAAAAGAGGCCAUCACUGCCUGUCUAGUUAGGCAGGAAGCAUAGGCGUCCUUCCUCGGGGGCUAAGCCACCUUCUAACUACACACAGGCUAGAGAGCAGCAAUCCCUAAAGUGAUGCGCUUAUGUCCACAGAGGAACUAACCAAGGGACAAACCUCAGGCUGAGUGCCCCACCAGAGGACAGCCCAGGAAGAACACGGACAAUUCUUGGGUACUGUCUUGGCAGCUAUGUGUCCAGUAGCAAUGCUCUUUGCCACAGACUCAGGCAUGCCUUCCACCUAUCUCUAGCAAGCUCCAUAUGCAAAAGCACAAAGAACGUUUGUCCAUACAUCUUGACAUGUCUCCCAAAUGCACACACAUGCACACACAUAUACACACACACAUUCAGGCAACGGGUACCUGGACAAAUAUAUUCUGUUCAUCAAAUGGCCAUUGAAUAUCUACUUUGUGCAAGUACAUUAUCUGCUCUCCCAAAAAUGUCUCAUAGGAAGGCCCGGCCAGAUUCUAGCACACAUGCACAAUUAUAUAACCAGGCAAGGUACCUCUGCACUGUCUACCCAUCUACCACUCAGGUUAGAGAUAUGUGCUUUCUUGUUCCUAUCCCUCCAUAACGUUUUACUGGAAAUCCUCAUAUUUGGACAUUCCAGCAACCUGGUACAGUUCCCAUCCCUGUAUAUUGAUACAGACACACAAAGUUCCCAUGUUUCUCAUCUGGGCGGCAAAGUUUAAAGUGGGAAGGAUCAAAAUUCAUUGAAAGCACCAUCUUGCAACUCAUGACAAGGUCCCCAUUUCCACUGAUAGGUAUCUAAUGUUGUCUAAGACCUCUCUUUGAGACGCUACCCCCAGAACCACUCAACAAGGUGCCCUUCUCCAAGCACAAACAAACAGCUCUUGGAAGUGACUUCUAGAAUUAUCUGGAAACCAGGCAUACUCCAUCCACUUCAGUGAACUGCAGUUGUGGACCUGGGCAGUGUCUGUUUUACAGAUAGGAAAGGGAUGUUACACCUGAGCUAGGGAUCUCCUGUGUAACCAAAGCUUUUCAGCAGGGAAGGAAUUAAGACAAUUUCUGGUACAGUCUCCCAGAAGGCACACUGGAAACACUUUCAUAAGGUUGUAAUAGCUGCAUGGUAUGCUGCAGAUGGGAUACAGAAGUUAUAGAGCGUAAACGAAAGUAGAAGAAAGCUAUAUAGAGGUUUAGUCAUAUUUAUCUCGAAGCUCAGGCAAGUGCCUUGCACACAGUAGGUACUUAGAACUGUCUGUGGUUGCUGUUGGGUAUGCAAUGAUGUUAAGGGUAAAUGUGUAAUACCUCGCUGAUCCCCCCAAGUGACCUUCUUUCCUGAGCCCACUAAUUGCUGCAAAGGAUGGAAGGUGGGCAUUGAAUGCUCCCCAGAGGCUGCAUGCAGAACCAACAGUCAGGUUGACGUGGGUGCCCUGAGACCCAUGAUGACAGGUAGACUAGGUCCACAGGUAGUUGAGGAGAGUGUCUCCCCAGCAGGCUGAGGUUGGAGGCCGAGUUAAUCCAUUUACAUGAUGAACUGGUUGGUAUUUUGAUUGUAUUGUGACCAUAUUACAAAGAUGGAGACUUCCCAAAUUGAGAGAAGGUUGUGCUCUGAAAGGUCACUUGCACAUCUGCUGGGUAGCUCUCUUGAAAUAUUUCCCCACAAAAGCUGUUCUAAAUGGCAGUAAAAUUGCAAUUUAAUUAACAAUGUAGCUAAACUUUGAUAGCUGUUCUGCAAGAUUGUGUUCAUGGACAAAUGUAGGCUGUUCACUCUGCUAGGCUGGCUGGUGCUCACAUGCCAUGCAGGAAGACUCCAGGCUUGAGGAAGGCAGGCAUCUGGUGGUGACCACUGCACCAGGGUCUUCUAACGGGCCGUCCUGUGGGUCAUAAUUCAGGCCUUCAUGUAUUUUAGAACCAGUCACACCCACCUUCUCAUACCAAGGGGCCCCAAAUGCCCUGGGCACUCAGACCCCCUACUCCUUAACCCCUUUGAGCAGAGAAAGAAGCACUUUCUGUUUCUCUGUCCCCUUGUACAUGGACAGCCUGUCAGGGAGCAUCUAGCUGUCCCCUUCCCGUCACAGGAUGACCGCUCAUCACCCCACACCAAAUGCACGUGCCUCCCCACGCCAGCCACUGCCCACUAGGACCAGCUACCCUUCCUGCCUCCAAUUCUCAAGCCCCCUAAGAUGGAUGACUUGGGGAGACGCAGAGCUGAUGGCUGAGGCUGGGUGUCAGAUGUGAUCUAGGAGAGAGGAUCACUCAGAUCAGGGACCACACAAGUAACACGGUUGCCAUGGCAACUGGCUGCUAGUUUGAAUUAAGACGGCAGUCGGUUGUCAUUGCCAUGACAAGGCCUCUGUCUCCAGGGGCACUGCCCUGCUGUCUCCUAAUCAAAUGGACCUGAACUACCUCCGGGCACGAAACACCCAGAAACUCACUUCUCUGUUGCUUAGGACUCAGGAGACCCAGAUGCUGAGCGAGGCUUAUGUUUUCUCCUCCCCAGCCUCCCCUGACAACCUCCACCAGGGUCUCUCCAACACUGCCCGGGGUGCCCUAGGCCCUCAAACUUCUGUUUAAUACCUGGAUCCGUGCGAGGGCCCCAAGGCAAUCAUCAGAGCCAUUCCCUGUUCUCCCCACUCAUCCUCGUCUUUCUCUCCCGUGUUUUCUUCUCUUAUUCCUGUUUCUCCCAGCACCACCAUCCCAGGUCCGGCCCUUUCUUUAUUCCUCUUCACUUUUGCUCCUUCUCCCCAGCCUCUGCCCCAGAACUGCCACCGGCAGCCAGGGGUGCCUCGGGACCGGAGCCUGCUUGGCCCAUCUUGGAGAGUUUAAGCUAAUGGAGGCAAAAAGAUAGA